CGUUCCAGCGAGCGACCGGUCCCCAGCGCGGUGCUCCCGCUCGCUCGCUCGCUCCUCCGUCCUGCCGGCGCGCGCCGGGGUCCCCGUCCCCUCCGCCCCGAGCGCCAUGAGCCGCGCGCGCCCGGGCGCCCCCGCCGCGCUGCACCUGCCCCGGCUCCUCCUGCUCCCCCUGCUGCUGCUGCUGCUGCUGCGCCCGGCCGCCGUGCGGGGUGACUGCGGCCUCCCUCCACCCGUACCCAAUGCCCAGCCAACUUUGGGGGAUCUGAAAAGCUUUCCCGAGGGCCACACGGUAACGUAUAAAUGCAACGAAGGCUUUGAGAAAAUCCCAGGCAAGGCGGAUUCCGUGGUCUGUCUCGACAGCCAUCAGUGGUCAGAGCUGAGGCAAUUCUGCAACCAGAGCUGUAAAAUUCCACCCAGGCUAACUUACGCAAUUCUCAAAAAGGAGUAUAGCAAACAGAAUUACUUCCCACUUGGAUCCAUUGUGGAAUACGAAUGUCGGCCAGGGUACAGGAAGGAUAUUGCUCAGUCAGAAAAACUAACUUGCCUUCCGAGUUUAGAAUGGAGCAAACCGACUGAAUUUUGCCAAAAAAGAUCAUGUCCUACUCCUGGAGAAAUACAAAAUGGUGAUGUCAUCAUAAAAACUGACAUAUUAUUUGGGUCACAUAUCUCCUUCUCAUGUAACAAAGGGUUUAAAUUAGUUGGUGUCACUUCUAGUUACUGUGUUCUUGAAGAUAACACUGUUGGCUGGAGUGAUUCAUUUCCAGAGUGUGUAGAAAUUCACUGUCCAGACCCACCAGCAAUUAAGAAUGGACUAUUACGAGGGGAGAGUGACACAUAUACAUAUUCCCACACUGUACGAUACCAAUGCAAUAAAGGCUUCACCUUGGUUGGAAAUAGCUCCCUUUAUUGUGAUAUAAAAGAUAAUGACUAUGGAGAAUGGAGUAGCCCCCCGCCUGAGUGCAGAGAGAAAUCUUCACCUACCAGGGUCCCUCUCCCUCCUCAGCAGCCCACCACCACGGUAAAAGUCCCAACAGCAGGAGCCCCACCGACACACCAGACGCCCACUUCAGCCAUAGUUCCAGGUACAGAGGCCCCACCAACUCCUCAGAAGCCCACCAGAGGCAAAGUUCCAACUACGAGAGUCCCACCAACACAUCAGAAGCCCACCAGAGUCCAAGUUCCAACUACAAACAUCCCACCAAGUCCUCAGAAACCUGCAAAAGCAGAUGCUCCAACUCCAUCAGCUCCACCAACUGCUCAGGCACCCACCACAGGGCGUGCUCCACCUACAAAAGGCCCACCAGCGCCUCAGAAACCAACCACAGUACACGCUGCAACACCAACAACCCCAUCAACUGCUCAGAAACUCACCACAGGGAAUCUUCCAGGUACAGAAGUCACACCAGCUCCUCAGAAACCUACAGCAGUAGACACUCCACCAGACCCACCAACUCCUCAGAAACCUACAAAAGUACAUGACCCACCUCGACCAGUCCCACCAACUCCUCAGAAACCCACCACAGUACACGCUCCAACGCCAACAGCCUCACCAACUGCUCAGAAAUUCACCAUAGCACACGACCCAACUCCAUCAGUCACACCGACUGCUCAGGCACCCACUGCAGGGAGUGCUCCACCUACAAAAGGCCCCCCAGCACCUCAGAAACCAACCACAGUACAUGCUCCAACACCAACAGCCACACCAACCGCUCAGAAACUCACCACAGGGAAUCUUCCAGAUACAGAAGUCAUACCAGCUCCUCAGAAACCUACAAAAGUAGACACUCCAGCAGAUCCACCAACUCCUCAGAAACCUACAAAAGUAGACACUUCACCAGACCCACCAACUACUCAGAAACCUACAAAAGUAGACACUCCAGCAGACAUACCAGCUCCUCAGAAACCUACAAAAGUAGACACUCCAACAGUCCCACCAACUGCUCAGAAAACCACCACAGUAAAUAGUUCAGACAUAGAAGUCCCACCAACUGCUCAGAAACCUACGAAAGUAGAUGAUCCAGCUACACCAGUCUCACCAACUGCUCAGAAACCUACAAAAGUAGAUGCUCUAACUCCGCCAGUUCCACCAACUCCUCAGAAACCCGCCACAGUAAAUAUUUCAGACACAAAAGUCUCAUCAACUUCUCAGAAUCCCACCACAUCCAACAAUUCAGCCACCAAGGCCCUCGUAACAGCUCAGCCACCCCUCAUACCAAAGGCUCUGUCUACAACACCCCCUUCAGCAGGCCACAAUCCCAACAUGACUGCUUCUGCUACACAGACCACACGCACAACCCACAGAUUCACCACAGCAAAAGCCUCAUUUUCACAGAGGCCUCCAGCAGCACACAAGUCCACAACUUCACAUGUCCCCAUGACUAAGAGUCUCCAAAUCACACCGCGACUCACCUCUGCUCGUAUCACUGCAACACACCAUGCACCUGGUUCCAGGACAACUAUGGUUUUUCAUGCAACAAAAACAUCCAAAGGGACAGGAAUGUCUACUUCAGGUGUUGCCAGUUAUAUAUAUGGGCACACAUGGGUCAUACUGACAGUUUUGCUUGUGAUGCUAGGAAUUCUUGGCUAGCUGACUUAGCCAAAGAAGAGUUCAGAAGAAAGCACGCACGGCGACAGAGAAUACUUCUAGUUGGUUAGAAUCUUUUGGAGGAGAGGAUAUAAUAAAUGGAAUAGUUCUCUUUGUUUUGCAUGUUAUCGUUGUCUUUAAGCUAUGUGAGGAGUGGUAAUGAAGCAAGGAGAAAGGAGCAGGCCUGGAACCCCAUUCUCAGAGCAUCUAAGGCCUCUUGAAAAUAGAACUCUCUAGAACUGGAGAUGUGGCUCAAGGGGCAGCAUGCCAGCAUGAUUGGAAAUAGACACCAUGGACCUGGAAGAAAUCACUUUCCUACAAAGGGAGGAAAGGGUAGAGACUUGUGCUUAGAGUGGGAGCAUGAGCAAAUGGGUUUGGUUUUAUUUUUUCACUAGCUGUGUAGUGUUAUUUUCACUUAGAAAGCAAACAGAAAACUACAGUAGUUAG